UUCCCAUGUCACUCUGUUUCAUUCACGAUCCCCAUAUACAAAACAAUGGCGAGCUGUAUAUGUUUUGGGAGUAAACAAAAUGACAGAGAUGAUCAGAGAGACAAGAUCUCCCAACUUUCAGACGAUAUUAUUCACCACAUCCUUCGCUCCACGAACUCGACAAAGACGGCGGCCAGAACCAGCCUGCUGUCCAGACGAUGGCGCGAUCUCUGGCGCUGCUACCCUGUCUUGGAGUUCCACGGCGGUGGCGAUUCUUGUUCGGUAGGAAAAGAGAGAGCCAGCAGCUUCUUCUCGCCAAGAAGAUGGCGCAAUUCUUGUCCUUCUCCUGCAGCAGAAGAAGCAGCGUCGUUCUGCCGAUUCGUAGCCGCUGCUUCGAGCAGGCUUCCUCUACUUCUUCCGCUUCCACUGGUGGAAUUCAGGAUCUCAAUCGUCUCUGAAUCUUGCCACGAUUAUGUUGAUUGAUAAUUUGCAAUAAUAUGCAAGUAGUAAACAUCACACAUGGUGGGUUCGUUUGAUAAUUGUGGAGAAUUAUUAAUCAUCAAUGCAUGAUAAAUGGAGGACCAAUUUGCAUGAUGGAUUGUCCUGCCAACAACAACUCAACGUGGAAGAGUUAGUGCCAUCAAAUGAUGCAAGUACUCACAACAAAUGGAUAAGAAGAUA